AUGAAGAAGCUUAGUCAGUAGAUGCAAAAAAUGGCUGGUCGAAAUAGUUUUUAAGAGUCCCCACAAAGACAAGAAAAGAAAAAUAACAAGCCGAGUGUUGGAACAGUAAAAACAGAAAGGCCUGUUGAAAAAGGAAAAGCAAAAUUACUUGAUUACUUUAAGAGGGAACGAAAUUCCUUAGCUUAAGCUGUUAAUACAAUGAGAGCCAAAUUAAAAGGUAGCAAAAGUAUUGAUAAUGUGUUUCUGCAAACAUUAAAAAGUGAUAGAGUCAAAACUUCACAACCCAAUAUAGCAGAAUUACGAGUUCAUACUGACGAGGGUAGCAAUUCCAAAAGGGCAACUUUGAAAAGCAAGAAUUUAUCAUUAGCAACAGUCUCCUUAGAGAAGAAGGAAUUCUUUAAGCAUCCUUUAACAACUAAAACAUCACACAACUAAACACCUACAGGCUAAAGCAAACCAUAAUUAAAAAAAUAGAAAUAGAAGGACUAAUACUUAUUUGAUAUGUUGAAAAAUGCUUAAAUGAUAUAAAACUAAUACCAAAAAUACUUCAAUUAAAAAUUAAAUAAGCAAUCUAUUAUUUCAGAUACAUCCACUAAUCACAGAUAAUCCAUAGAGGAUAUCUUGAUUUAUUAAAAAGGCCACAAAGGUCCUUCAUAAAUUAUUUAAUCAAAACCUAUAAAAAAAGCAGAUAAUGAAUCAAAAUCCUUGAAUUAAGGACAUUCUAAAACUGAAUAAACCCCUUAGCCAAAACAAAUAACAAAAACCAAAAAUGAUGAAAUAUUAGAUUAUGAUCCUAAGCAGAAACUUUAAAUAAUUUUAUACUACAAAAACCAUAAAUACUAUUACUUAUUCGAUUUUGCUAAUUAAACAACGUGCAACCUAUAUAAUUAUUUAAUCGAAUAAGUAGCUAGUAUUGAAAAAAACAAUGCCCAAUAAAAUGGAUAGACUGAGGAUGACUAAAUUCAAGCUGAGAUCAAAUCCAUUUGUUAAUUUUGCACAAUACAAAAAAAAGUUCCCUUUGAUUAUUACUUAUCACUUCCUGAUUUGAGUUUGUCAGUAUUUUAGGGGAUCACACUUUCUUUGGAACCCAUGUAUUCAUAGCCUUAGACUACAAAGAAGGUUGGGUUAAAAGAUUUUCAAUUAAUAAAAUGCAUAGGUGUUGGAGGAUUUUCAAGAGUGUACUUAGUUAGAAAGAAAGACACUGGAAUAUUCUACGCUUUGAAAUUGAUUGAUAAAAAAUUUAUAAUAGAUAAUAAGAAAGAGAUUAUAGUAUAAAAUGAAAGGGAUAUCAUGGUUAAGAUGGAAAAUCAAUAUAUUAUACCCUUGCACUAUGCAUUCGAAUCGAAGUUUUACAUUGCAUUUGUCUUAGAAUAUUGUGCAGGAGGUGAGUUAUUUUAUCAUUUAAGAAAAUUGAAAAAACUAAAUGAAUAAGAUGCAAAAUAUUACUUUGUUGAAAUCUGUAUAGGAAUGGCUUAUUUGCAUUCUCAAAAUAUUGUUUAUAGAGACAUAAAGCCAGAAAACAUUUUAUUAGAUUUGUAAGGUCAUCUAAUGUUAAGUGAUUUUGGACUCUCUAAACCAGAUAUGGCAGCAGAAGAUUUUGCUUAUUCAUUUUGUGGCUCUCCUGAAUAUAUGGCACCUGAAAUGCUCAUGAAGACAGGUCACAAUUAUUUGGUUGAUUGCUACUGUUUAGGAGCAUUGCUAUAUGAGCUAGUUUCAGGCUUGCCUCCCUUUUAUUCUCAUAAUACCCAGGAAAUUUAUAGUUCAAUCUUAACAGAAAAUGUUUAAUUUCCGGAUUACGUUUAAAUUUCAAAUCAACUAAAAGAUUUGAUUAUUUCUCUUCUUUAAAAGGAUCCUACAGAAAGAUUAGGAUAAAAAGAAGGUGUGAUUGAAAUACUAACUCACCCUUGGUUUGGUGAUGUAGACUUUGAGAAAAUUGUGAAUCGACAACUACCAACUCCUUAUAAACCAGAACCUUUAAAAUAUAAUUUUGAUGAAGAGGAGUUCAAUAAAGGGGAUGCUGAAUUCAGGAAAUAAUUCACACUCAAUAUGUUGACUGAAUUUCAAAAUGUUGACACAGCAAAGUAUCAUCUAUCAAAUUUUUACUAUUAAAAGGUCAAGUAGGAUGAGUAUAAAAAUAGAACAAGCAGAGUGAAUAUCAAUAAGUUGUGCUCUGAAUUUUUAUAAAAAGAACCAUUUUCUCCAUCAAAAUAAAUUUUAAAUAAAGGCAAACAUUCUCCUUAUGAAAGUAAAAAAUCGUUAAAAUAAAAUACAAAAAGUGAAUGUAAUGAUUAUUUCAAGAAGCAUAAUCUUUUGACUAAGCCUUCUUAAAUAAUGCAAGAAUCUCUAAAAUUUGGUCAUGCUUAUUCAAAAACACAAUAACAAUCUCAAAUUUCGAAUUAAGAAUUAAAAAAAUUGAAACUUAUGUUUGAUUAAUCAAAACAAUUAUUAAGUUCAGACAGAUUAACUACAAUCCCAGAUUAAAAUUAAAAGAAUUAAAUUGAAAGAAUUAAGACAGAACAGUUUGGAAAUAUGCCAUCUCCUAAAACAACCACUCAUAGUACUUUGAACAAGUUAACUAAAUAUCAAAAGUUAUUUGGAUCAGAAAAGAGGAAAAAAUGA